AUCACGUGAACAACAAAAUGUCUGCGGCCGUUCACAUUUUGUGUAAAAUUCUUUGUUUAAUUUUAGUUACUUUACAAGUCUCAGCAGAUCGAAAAGUAUCAACUAAAAUAUUUGAGUGUACUUUCAACUCGACUAUUUGUGAUGGCGUAAGCAUUGCUCACAUCAAAUCAGAAGGAAAAAAUGAUGCCCGCCACUAUGUUCUAUCACCUAUAGGGCUACCGACUGUGUUUGUGGCUUACACUGGCCCUGGAGCAGCACUGAUUAUAAACUGGACAAAUCUUGUGUCACCAGACCCAGCAAAAAGACAAAAUUCAAUCAAGAUUGUAAACACAACUGUAAAUUACUCAUUCUCCAUUUUGUUCUCAAAGUUGAUUGAAUACAAUGAUACGCAAGACUACGCCGAUAUGAGCAAGUAUAAUGCCGGGUCCACUCAUUGGAACAUGUAUGAUCUUCAGGACUUCAGCUGGGAGAAGCUGAGCACCGUCUCAGACAUUAAAUCUAACUCCAUCACCUUUAAAGCCUCAGAUAAGACACAACAAGAACUCUGGAAAAACAAUGGCACAUUCUCCAUCAAGUUCAACGCAUUUGGAAGUGAGGGAAGAGAGGACCAAUUGCCCCACCUUCAGUACAACGAGAACCUGACACAGUUUGACAUGAACAUUGACCAUAUUAUGACCAACUUCACUGACUCCCGCUUUGCUGUAGAAAUUCUUACAGUGGGCGGGGACUCGGAACCCAUGUAUGUCGAUAAGACACGCUCAAUUGACGAUGAGUAUGCUCCUGGUGUCUUCCAGAUUUACAACUGGAUGACAAGAUCAAAUCACAGGGAUCAGACCGGUUUCCUGCAGUGGAAACCAGUUGCCUACAAUGCUUUGAAGCGGGCCAGAAAUAAGGCAACAAGCAUGAAGCAUUACGCACUGCAAGACCUCACAAUGGACCAGAAAAACCAAGUUGAUGACACGAUCGUUUAUGCAUUUUACGGGGAGACAGUUUUGGAUAAGUCUAUGAAAAAAGCCCAAAAUUUCUCGUUCGGAAUCGCAAAAGAUGGAGGUUAUAACAAGACCAGGGUUUUGACAUGGUCUGGUUCUAUUGGCUACGGCAGUCCGCCAGCAGACGCGAUCUCCACAGUGGUGAUUAUCAUCAUCUUGGCGGGUCUUGGACUUCCGAUCGUCAUCAUCAUCUUUGGAGGAAUAUUUGUCUGCAUGAAAAAGCGCUCCAACAGACCGGACAAGCAGUUGAAGGCUGUCAACAGCACUGGGUAUCAGCCCAUAUUGGACUCUGACAGAUAGAUAUGUGAUGUGUUUACCUUUGAAUGGGUGUUCAUGGUCCAACAGUUAUGAACAUUUUUUUUUGCUGUGAUACAUAUUUGACUUUGUCCAACUGCCUGGAAUUUAGUGUGUGUGGGCUUUUUUACCAAUUUGGGAAAAAACUUUAGCUCCAUUCCUAGUGCUCUUCCUGAAUAUGAAAAUAAAGUUCCCAAUUUUAUGUUUUAAAAAACAAAAUGGACCUUUAAACUAUUUUUUGGUACAGGAAAGUAGAUUUAUUUUUAUGACAUUCUUUUAUCUUUUCUGUCUAUUUUUUUUAAAGCAUUCUUGUUUAUUUUUAGGCAUAAUUGGUAUUCCCAAUUUCACUGAAAAUGACACAUUUUCCAAAUCCCUUGGCCCCUUUCCUGAAGUGGUUAAAAAAGCACAGCAGAUUCCAAUGUAAUAAGAUCAGGGUUUUAUUCACCAUUGUUUAUUAUGGCGUUAAAAGCGGUUAUCGCCAUCUCAAUAAAUAUAACAUCAUAAAUGUUCAUGUCUGUACAUAUCAAGCUAGAUUGAUUGGUGCAAGGAGUAUACUUUUUGAAACUGUUUAUUCAUGAGAGAUUAUCCUAAAGUUAUAUUGAUCUCUUUCAUUGAAACUAUCUGGUUAUUGUUGUUUUUAAGGAAAUACAAAAACGUACAUUAAAGACAAUGUACACAACAUUUAUCCCAUUUUAGACAGAUUUCUGAAGAACAGAAACAUGUUAAACGCUGAUAUUGCACACAUGUGGAUGUAAAUGUGAAGAGCUGCCUUCAACAUAACUGAUUUAAAAAAUGUUUUAAUUAUUCAAGAAUAUACAUUUUCUUCCAUAGUGCCAAAGUAAGCUUGUAUAAAUUUUGAUGUUACAUGUCAACAUUAAAUGCUGACACAAUAUUAACUUUGUAUUAAUGCUGACAUAACUUGUAUAAAACAAUGUAUAAAUGUUGUAAUAUGUUAACAUUGAAUAUAUUCUUAUGUAAACUGUAAACAAUUCAUAGUUUCUCAUAUAUUAACAUUGUAUGAAUUUUGAUGUGAAGUGUUAAAAUUGUACAAAUGAUGACGUAAAAUGUUUACAUUUUUUAAAUGAUGUUGUACAAUGUUAACAUUGUAUAUCUGCUGAUGUAGAAUGUUAACAUGGUAUGAUUUCAGGUGUAAAACAUUGACAUUGACUUGUAUAAAAUGUUGAUGAUAAAUGUGAUCAUUGUAUAUCUGCUGUUGUAAAAUGUUAACAUUGUGUAACUGCUGUUGUAAAAUGUUAAUAUUGUGUAACUGCUGUUGUAAAAUGUUAACAUUGUGUAACUGCUGUUGUAAAAUGUUAACAUUGUGUAACUGCUGUUGUAAACUGUCAUUGUAUAACUGUCCAUGUAGAAAGUUUACUUAGUAUAUUUGCAGAUGUAAUAAAUUAACAUUGUAUAUCUACUGAUGUAAAAUGUUAACAAUGUAUAACUGCAGAUGUAAAAUGUUCACAUUAUAUAACUGCAGAUGUUAACAUUGUAUAACUUCAGAUGUAAAAUGUUAACAUUGUUUAAUUGCAGAUGUAAAAUGUUAGCAUUGUAUAAUUGCAGAUGUAAAAUGUUAACAUUGUAUAACUGAAUAUGUAAAAUGUUAACAUUGUAUAAUUGCAUAUGUAAAAUGUUAACAUUGUACAACUGAAUAUGUAAAAUGUUAACAUUGUAUAAUUGCAUAUGUAAAAUGUUAACAUUGUAUAACUGCAUAUGUAAAAUGUUAACAUUGUAUAACUGCAUAUGUAAAAUGUUAACAUUGAAUAACUGAAGAUGUAAAAUGUUAACAUUGUAUAACUGAGGAUGUUAAAUGUUAACAUUAUAUAAUUGCAGAUGUUAAAUGCUAACAUUGUAUAACUGCUGAAGUAAAUUGUAUACAUGCUUACACAACAUGUUUGAUUUUGUACCUGUGUAAAUUUACUUUGCAAAGUGACUGUGAUUUUAUAUUUUGUUUAUUCAAUAACACAUUCCUUUUCAUCAAAGGUGUCCUAGUAUAUAAUUAUUGUCUUUAAAUAUUUUGUAAAAUUGGAUCAUUAUAAGCAAGUUUGUAUCUGAGCGGGAAUUAAUGAUUCCUUUAUCAUCGGGGCACGUGCAAGUUUCUGAAAGUGUACACACUCAUAUUUUUUCAUGCAUUAUCAGUCAUUGAAGUCAAGAAUAUUGGAUGAACAAGCCCAAAUUCAUAUACUUUUGCUUGGCAUCAAAUUUUUGAACAAGCCUCGCUUUUUAAAUUUCAGAAUUUUAGCCAGCCUGGAAGACAUUUUACCAGUGCUGGGCUUGUGAGCUUGUGUUAAUUUCAACCUCUGCAUUAUUUCAAUGAUAGUUUGUAUUCGUACUUUGACUACUAGUAUCAAACUUUGUUGUUUAAAAAUUCUGACCACAGGUUUGAGAACAAAUUUCGAAAGUAAGCAUAAGUGUUGCAUUUUAAUCAGUCUCAUACCCUCUUUCUCUUUGUCUCAUCUUUCCUGUGAACAAAAUUAACAUGGGAUAAUUUUAUGAAAAUGAGUCCUUUGAAUUACACAUGCUUGGAAUUGAACAAAAAUGUUGAGCUUGCUCAGAACUUUGAUGUACAUGUUUUGAUAUUUAUGCAUACUGUUCUAGGAACCCAUCCUCUUAUUAUUAUCAAAAAAAUAAAAUUGCGUAAUUUCAUAAUUAUGUCUGAUUCACUACUAUAUAUUUGUCUUAAUUUUUUACAAAUAUGGUUGUACUGACAUCACUCUGUGCCUUUUUCUUUGAUUGGAUAAUUUUCUUUAACAAAUGUAUAUUGUUUCUUUCGUACAGUGAAUGUUGUUUUAAAUUUUCUUUAAAUUUCAAUGAAGAUAAUUUUGCAAUAAAAUGAUGGGACUGAAAUUGUGUA